AGCCUGGAAUUACCAUCUUUUUGGAGCUGAAACCCAAAUCCAUAAGGACCCUUAUAAUGACUUGGAGAGCAGAAGAGUGGCUUAGAGUGACCGUCUUCCUAUUUAUAGCUCAAACAGUUGUUGCGAUGGUUAUUCCUAAUGCCACACAAUUAGAAGGGCUUCUGGAAAAAUACAUGGAUGAAGAUGGUGAAUGGUGGGUUGCAAAACAGAGAGGAAAACGAGCCAUAAUGGAAAGUGAUAUGAAAUUAAUCUUGGAUCUGCACAACAAAUUACGAGGUGAAGUUUAUCCACCUGCUUCUAACAUGGAGUAUAUGGUGUGGGAUGUUGAGUUGGAAAGAUCUGCAGAACAUUGGGCAGAAGCUUGUUUAUGGGAACAUGGCCCUGCAAACUUGCUUCCAUCUAUCGGACAGAACUUAGGGGCUCACUGGGGGAGGUACAGGCCACCAACUUACCAUGUCCAGGCUUGGUACGAUGAAGUAAGGGACUACACAUAUCCAUAUCCACAAGAAUGUAACCCAUACUGUCCAUUUAGGUGCUCUGGUCCGGUUUGCACACAUUAUACACAGGUUGUGUGGGCAACAAGUAGCAGAAUUGGCUGUGCCAUAAACCUGUGCCAUAAUAUGAAUAUUUGGGGUCAGAUCUGGCCCAAAGCUGUGUAUUUAGUGUGCAAUUAUUCACCAAAGGGAAAUUGGUGGGGCCAUGCUCCUUAUAAACAUGGCCGCCCUUGCUCUAGUUGUCCACCAAGCUUUGGAGGAGGCUGCAGGGACAAUCUUUGUUAUAAAGAUGGUUCUGAUUUACAUUAUCUGAUUCCGGAACCCGAGGAAGAGACCAAUGAGAUUGAGAGACAGCGUUCAAAUGUACUGGAUACAACAUCCCAAAGCAGAGCUAGAACCCAUUCCCCUACCUCUUCAACCAGGACAGAUUCUUAUGAUAACAAUGAAGUUGUCAGUACAGAACAAAUGUCACAAAUUGUGUCCUGUGAAGUUCGAUUAAGAGAUCAAUGUAAAGGAACGACUUGCAACAGAUAUGAAUGUUCAGCUGGUUGUUUAGAGAACAGUGCCAAGGUCAUUGGAACAGUACAUUAUGAAAUGCAAUCAAGCAUUUGCAAAGCUGCUAUACAUUCUGGUGUGAUAGACAAUGACGGAGGAUGGGUUGAUGUCACAAGACAAGGACGAAAAAAUUAUUUCAUUAAAUCAUUAAGGAAUGGUGUACAGUCAAUUGGGAAAUACCAAUCUGCAAAUUCGUUUACUGUCUCCAAAGUAUUGUUUCAAGCCGUGACAUGUGAAACAACGGUGGAGCAGCUGUGUCCAUUUGAGCCACCAGCUUCACACUGCCCUAGGGUCUACUGUCCACGUAACUGUGCCCAAGCCAGCCCACAUUAUGCACGUGUAUUUGGAACCCGGAUUUACAGUGAUAUUUCGAGCAUCUGUAAGGCAGCAUUACACGCAGGCGUAGUCCGCAACCAUGAAGGAGGCUAUGUGGAUAUCAUGCCAGUCGAUAAAAAGAAACAUUAUUUUGCAUCAAUUCAAAAUGGAAUAAGUUCUGAAAGUUUACACAACCCACUGGGAACCAAAGCAUUUAGAAUAUUUGCUGUAAUAUGAGUACGACUAAAAGAAGAAUAUGAAAAUAUGAAUACUCAAAAUCAAAGUUUAUGUUUUAAAGUCUGUAAAGCUAUAUUGUUGUACAGAAGAUAAUAUCUACAUUAUGUUAAUUCAGAAUAGGUUUGUAACUUCUAAAGAGCAGAAUUCAGAUGUAUGGCAUAUGGAAUAAUCUGUCAUGAAAAUUGUGUUGGUUUAGACCAAUACGUAUCAAAAA